AGAUGACCUAGCGUCAUCUGGUCGUGGGACCUGGACGUUGCGCGAAAGACAUGCAAUGCAAGUAUCCGUCCUCGGAGCCUUCGCAAUGUAUCUCAUCGCUCGAUUGGCAUCCCUUCUGAGUGCAGCUGAGAAGCAAGGUGGCUCUGGAGAGGCUUUCGAGUGGCAAGUAAUUGGUGGAGGUAUGUUUAGGUCCAUCAAUGAACUAGUGCAAUUUCGGCUUCCUCUCUUCGCAGUCUGCCGAGCUCAGGCCGAGCGUGUAACUUCCCCUCUGAUCCUGCGCUGCAGCACGCCCAACGCUCGGUUUCCACGUUCCCAGCGCUUUUUAAAGGGCCAAAGCUGCCUCUAAUGCCCUCGAACGGGUUUCUUCUUCCUUCGCCCCGAUUCUCCUCUCUGGCACCCGCGGCACCGUGCCAUGCAAGACGAACCGGACGACGCUUCACCGUUCCCAAAUCCGCCACCGUACGACGAGGCGGCAGAGUCGAUUACGUGGCCACUUGCUCUGCCAGCUCAGCCCGUCACGACCGCUAGUAAUUUCCCUGCACUAGGCGGUCGUCAUGGCAGAGCACAGACACCGCGUAUCGUCUCGGCCGCCCGCCUCCCCUCGUAUAAGCAUGCGCUAUAUGGACGGUACCGCACGCAUCCGUACCGCCGCCCCUUCAAGCCGACGGCCCAGGCGGAGGACUAUGACUAUGAUAACGAUUCCGAGACCGAGUACGUGUCGAUCAUGGACAUUAUUACGAGCCCGAGAUACCUAGCGAGUCUCGGCCUUUCAUUCCCUUUCCCUCUCUCCUUUCCCUGCAUUGCCUACCCGGAGACGCGGGCGGAGCGUCAACGGUCGAUGUCCCUGGCCGAGCAAGCGAAUUUCUUAGCGGCGCGGAUCGCAGAGAUUGACGCUGCUAUGGUCGGUCUCGAUGUCCGUCAACUUGACGAGUUGGGGGGCCGAGUCGUCGACUCCAUCCUCUUCGUCCGCAGGCAGUACGCUGAGCAACGAGAGAUGGCGCUCGCCCCUCGCGCUUAUGGCCUGAUCUAGUGGGCCGGCGCGCUCCACCACU